AGAACCUCUCCCAGAGCUUCUGCAUUUUGGUAACCCAAAUAUCUCUUCCAGCAACACCUAAGAAGCCAUCAGAUGGGUUCGUUCCAGAUUGGAAUGCGGAGCUCUGCAUUACUAGAAACAUCAUGUGGAUAUCUACUUCAGGAAUUGCAGAUGAUAUGGGAAGAAGUUGGGGAAGAUCAGUUUGAACGAGAGAAGGUCCUGCUGGAUUUAGAACAAGAGUGCUUAGAGGUUUAUAGGAGAAAAGUUGACAAUGCAAACAUAUCAAGAGCUCGCCUGCAUCAAGAGCUGGCGGAAUCUGAAGCUGAAUUCACCCAUCUUCUUCUGUCCCUUGGUGAACGAUCACUCCCAGGACGGCCAGAAAGAAAGUCAGGAACACUGAAGGAGCAGCUAGAUGCGAUCACCCCAGCUCUACGGGAGAUGCGUUUGAGAAAAGAAGAGAGGGUGAAUCAAUUUAGAUCUGUGCAAGGUCAAAUUCAAAAAAUUUCUGCAGAAAUUGCAGGUCAAUCAGUGUACGAUGACCCGAUAACAAAUGUCAAGGUAAAUGAGAAUGAUCUUUCAUUAAAGAAACUUGAGGAAUACCAAAUUGAGCUACAAAGGCUGCACAAUGAGAAGAAUGACAGGCUCCAGCUAGUGGACACAUAUAUUGACACAAUCCAUGAUUUGUCCUCAACAUUAGGAAUGGAAUCCUCCAUGAUCAUAACAAAGGUGCAUCCAACUUUGAAUGAAUUGUGUGGAAUAUCAAAAAAUAUAAGUGACAGUAUUCUGGAUAAACUCAACAGCACUGUGGAAUCUCUCAAAGAAGAAAAACAAAAGCGGCUUGAGAAGCUUCAUCAGCUUGGAAAGGCACUGAAAAACUUGUGGAAUCUAAUGGACACGCCCUAUAAAGAUUGUCACUCAUUUUCCAAUGUCACGGACUUAUUAUUUCUCUCAUCAGAUGAAGUAUCAGGUCCUGGAAGCCUUGCUCUAAAUAUAAUCCAGCAGGCUGAAGCUGAAGUCAAGAGACUGGAUCAGCUAAAAGCAAGCAAGAUGAAAGAGCUUUUUUUCAAGAAACAGAGUGAGUUGGAUCAAAUAUGCAAUAAAUCACACAUGGAGAUCCCUUCACAACCAGAGAUGGAAAAUAUAAUAAAUCUUAUAAACUUGGGGGAGAUUGACCAUGCCGAUCUCCUCAUGAGCUUGGAUGAGCAGAUAUCAAGAGCAAAAGAGGAAGCUUCUAGCAGGAAGGCUAUAAUGGAAAAGGUUGAAAAGUGGAUAUUAGCACGUGAUGAAGAGCGCUGGUUAGAAGAAUACAGCAUGGACGAGAAUCGAUAUUCAGUUCGCAGAGGUGCUCAUAAGAAUCUGCAACGUGCAGAACGUGCCCGGGUAAUAGUCAACAAGAUCCCAGUUCUAGUGGCAUCGCUCGUAGCAAAGACUGAGAGUUGGGAAGAGGAAAGAAACAAAGUAUUCCUGUAUGAUGGAGUACCCCUGCUGGCAAUGCUGGAAGAGUAUAACAUAUCGAGGCAGGAGAUGGAAGAGGAAAAGCAAAGACAAAGGGCUAGUUCAUCCAACACUCUACAGGCAAAGGAAAAGAAGGUCCCAAGCCAUGUAGAAGUUGAGCAAGAAAAUUUGAUCGGGUCAAGCUCAAGGCCAAGCACCAGCAGUCGACGUCUUUCAAACAAGAGCUUGAAUGGAGGAUUUAGCAAUGCAACGCCUUUAAACAGAAGGCUUUCUCUUGGUCCCAGACAGCUGGGAACCAACAGCAUCAAUUCUGCAAAUCAAGGAAUAUCUUACAUAAAGGAAGGAAGAAAAAUUCAGGGGCAAAAGAUGUUUCUUCGACCUGACCUCUCUUCUCAUCUUCGAGAUGAAGCAGCUUCAGUUGUCUCAUCAUUUUCUGGGCCAUUAUCUCCCUGAAUUCCAAUUCGGACAUUUGAAUCGAAAAUCACAUGUCACGGGAGACUAGACAAACCUUAUCAAGGACCAUAAUAGUAACUAUUAUUUCUGCAAAACAAUAAUUUACCUAUUUGCAUCAAUUUCAUAAGAAAUAAUUGUGUAUCUAUGUCUUGUACCAACACCCGUAUCUAGAACAGAACCCCAAAGAACUGUCAUUGCAAUGAAAAAUAAUUAUUCAGGUUUAAAACUA